AUGCCGCCACCUGUCCCGACACAGCCGCGGGCAAAUAACAUGUACCCGCUGCCUCCCUUGGGCUACCAGCAACCAGGGUACAGCUUCGACUCUACUCCAGCCCACCUGCAACAACAGUUCCCUCUCGCAGCCCCCGUCCAGACCUACGCUCCUCCCAACUUCCAAACACCAACGACGGGACAAGCUGCCAGGCCAUCAGCCACUUACCGUGUCGCAGAGCCUGACGAGGAGGAGGAUUUGUCUGGCCCGCUGUCCCUUGCCGGCUUGCGGGACGUAACCUUCACGCAGCCCGCCGCCGGCGGCAGCGGCACCCCCUCCACCACCACCGACCCGUCGCUCGACCUAAGCAAGCACAGCCCGCCCAAGCCGUGGCUAGCCGACACGCGCAAGGACUCGCACGCGCGGUUCGACCUGCGACUAGACGACCUCGAGAAGGGCAUGAUCGUGCACCUGAAGCCCAACGCGACGUGGGGCACCGGCCGCCACCCGGGCCUGGUCAUCGACUGGAAGGACGCCGGCUACGUCGAGAUCCUGGUCGGCACCAGCUUCCUCGGACAGGGCAUGCGCAGCAAGAUGGCGCGCAUCCGCGAGACGCACGAGAAGGUGCGCAUCGCCAGGGAGUACCUCAAGAUCUGGGACCGGACGAACGUGGACCACGAGCCGACGUACCAGAGCCUCGACUUGCCGGUGUUGAGGCUGCGGGAGGGGAAGUACCUGAAGAAGACGACGUACUUCCGCUUCGUGUAUCGGUUUCACUGCGAGUUGUCUGACAUUUGCAAGUACGGCGAUGGCGUGAGUCUGCAGAACAAGUACGUUCUGGAUGACCAGAGCUUGGAGGCGCUGUACGCCUACUUGAACCUGCGGCUGCCGAUGAUCAAGGAGGCCGAGGCCACGGUCCGGCGCAAGCAGAGGGCGGAGGCAAGGGAGGCAGCUAAGCAGAAGGUCCAAGAUGAGAUGAAGAAGAAGGUCGCCGAGGCUGCGAGAGCCCUUCAGGCGCGGACUCCGUAG